CCAGGUUAUUCCUUGAGGAUGCCCAGGUAGACAAAUCUGUUUAGGAGCAGAGCCACGACAUCAAAGCCACUAGGAACAACAUCAAGCAAGUUUUAGAACUUUGUGUAUCUUUUUUUUUACUUUCUUAGCCCUCAUCAUUUGCCAUUUUCUUCAGUUUCUGGAGUUCAAUAAUGGCUAAUGCAGGAAUACAACUUCUUGGCUUCACUUUGGCCUUCUUCGGCUUCAUUGGCACAAUAGCAUCCACGGUCAUGGUGGAGUGGAAAGCUUCAUCCUACGCAGGAGACAACAUCAUCACAGCUCAGGCGCUGUAUGAAGGGCUGUGGAAGAGCUGUGUGUCUCAGAGCACUGGACAAGUUCAGUGUAAAGUGUACGAUUCCCUCCUACAACUACCAGGGAUCGUACAGGGUGCACGAGGCCUGAUGCUGUCCUCCAUCUUGCUGUGCUUCAUUUCCAUUUUGGUGGCGGUGGUGGGCAUGAAGUGCACCACCUGCAUGUCAGAGCUUCCUGAGCAGAAAGACAAAGUUGCUCUGAGUGGAGGAGUUAUCUUCAUUAUUGGUGGUCUGCUUGCUUUGGUGGGAACAUCCUGGUACGGCCACAGAAUAGCACAGGACUUCUACGACCCGUUUACUCCAACUAAUGCCAGGUAUGAGUUUGGGAGCGCUCUGUUUGUCGGAUGGGGAGCUGCCUGUCUCAUCAUCAUAGGAGGCAGCUUCCUCUGCUGCAGCUGCCCCGACAAGGGAUCAGGAAAAGCUCCUCGUUACCCAGCAUCCCACUCUGCAGCGCCGUCAGGCCGAGACUACGUCUAGGAGACAGUCGGUCCAUCCAGGGGUGGUGGGGCAAAUUCACAGGGGCAUUUUUCACACUUGUUUACUGUUUUUCAGCAUGUAUAUUUGCAGGUGUUGUAGUUGGUGUCUGUCUAUAUUUGUUAAACUAAUUAGAUCCUUUGCUAAUUAAUAUGAGAGUCCACACAUAACAGCAAAAUUCUGGGUCAAAACCAUAAUAAUAUAGAAAAAGUAAAUUACAAAUGUAAAUGUUUAAAUUGACACUUGAGGUAAACACUAUAAAUGUUAACUGAGAACUUAAAUAUUAAACUUAAAUUAUAUAAAUCUGGAAUAUUUGAAUUUCAAGAUAAAAAAAAUGUAGCUCAGAAUAUCAUCUAAAACCUCUCAGGGUUUGUUUGUUUUUUGACAUAACUGCCAACUUUUUUAAUAUAAAUAUGUUGAGUGACACUGUUACUUUGCUGUUUGUUUUUUAGAAUCUUACUAUUUUUCCUUUAUGUCGUGUAAAAUAAAAUCCCUGUUACUUUUC